GCGGGCGCCGGCUCAGUCCGUCCCGCGAUCUCCUGCUAGUCAGUCGCGCAGUCGUCAAGUCGCGAGUGUUAGUGAGUGUGUUGUACAGUUACGCGCGGAGCAGCAGGUCGUCGACCGCGCGAGUAUGAGCGCUCGCCCGCUGCAGCCGCCGCACCCCCGCCCUCUCUGCUGACGGGUGCACUCAAGGUGAUGCGAGGGUGGUGCGUGCGCUGGUGCGGCGGCGGGACCCGCGCGCGCCUGCGCUGGCUGGCCGCGCUGCUGUGCUGGGGCACGCUGGCGGCGCUGGCGCUGCCGCACCUGCAGCCGCCGCCGCGCCGCGCGCCGCCCGCGCCGCCCGCGCGCCUGCUGCUGCAGUCCGAGGCCGCGGCCUCCACGCCCGCGCCGGGGCCCGCGCCCGCGCUGCCCGCCACCGACACGCGCGUGCUCACCGAGGCCGAGCUCCGGGCCGACGCCGAGCGCCGCCUGCCCUCGUUGCCGCUCGCCUAUUGGCAUAAACACAAGGAUGAUAAAAACAAGUUUUUCAAGAAGAAGGACUGCGCGCCCUUCCCUUCCAUCUACGACUUGGAGUUCCACAACACGUACUGGCAGACGAUGCACGCCAGCGAGGGCGUGUUCCACCUGUACGGCGCGUACAUGGACGCGCGUAACACGUCGCGCAUCGGGCCCGCCGUGCGCAUCCUGGCCGUGCACGACCGCAUCCGGCCCACGCUGGCCACGCACUGCCAACUGUGGUUCGAGGAGCGCGAAGCGCCCGUCGUGGUGCGCAACCUGGAGUACAAGUACGUGUGGAACAGCAAGUGGGGCAACUACCGCGACCGCGUGCUGCAGCCCUACCUGCUAGCGUGCGUGCUGCCGGCCGAGGUGCGCCACCUGGUGCCCGCGUCCGUGUCGCUCGUGGAGAACCCCUGCGACCGCGCCACCAACAACCUGCGCGUGCACUACGACCGCCCCGCGCCGCCCGAUAAGCGCAAGGACUUCGCCAUCUGUGUCAAGGGCCUGGACUUCCAGCACGAGGACCUGUCUGUGCGCAUCGUGGAGUGGAUCGAGCUGGUGAGGCAGAUGGGGGCCGACAAGAUAUUUUUCUACGAGCUGCAAGUCCACCCGAACAUCACCAAGGUGCUGGACUAUUACGCGGCGGAGGGCGUGGUCACGGUCACGCCCAUCACCCUGCCGGGCGGGCAGCCCAACCUGCCCGGCCUGCAGCACAUGUACCUCAAGAAGAAGACUACAAACAAGCGGCAGAUGGAGCUGAUCCCGUACAACGACUGUCUGUACCGGCACAUGUACGAGUACCGCUGGCUGGCGCUGCUGGAUAUCGACGAGGUGAUCGUGCCGGUCGAGGACCCCGACUGGGCGAGCCUCAUGCGGCGCGUGCUGCCGCUGUCCGCGCCCGCCGACGGCAAGCCCAUGCGCUCCUCCUACCACGCGUCCAACCUGUACUUCCUGGACUCGCUGCGCCACGAGCACGGCUGGGAGGACGGCGUGCCGCACUACAUGCACAUGCUCCAGCACGUGUACCGCACCAGGAACUUCACCAAGCCCGGACAGUACGUCAAGGCGUUCCACGAGACGGACCGCGUGCUGGCGCUGCACAACCACUUCCCGCUGGCGUGCCUGGGCGGCGCGUGCAGCUCGUACGCGCUGGACACGCGGCACGCGCGCCUGCAGCACUACCGCGCCGACUGCGUCACGGCGCUCAGCAAGAGCUGCGCCGAGCUGAGCGCGCAGCCCGUGCGCGACACCACGCUGUGGCGCUGGCGCGAGCAGCUCGUCGCGCGCGUCGACCGCGUGCUGCGCGCGCUCGCCUUCCUGCCGCCGCACCGGUGACACGCCCGCACGCUCCCUAAUCUAUUAAAUGCUAGUAUUAAACCUAUUUUUAUAGUUAUGGUCACAGUCGUUUUGAUGCUCGUUAUUCCUCCAGUGUGUAUGAUGACUCCUACAACCAGAACCCCAUCCGCUCUAACUUGAGGGGUGUUGGCUUCAUUGAAGAUUUGCAGCAACAUACAAUUUUGUACUCUACAGAACUCCUACCGAAAAUAUGAAUAUUUUUAUAACUCUACAAAUUUUCUUUAGGGAAUUAAAAAGGUAAACAACUACUGUAUAAUAGAAAUCUAAAUCUUCUUGUAUUUUUUAUAGAAACACAUCCCUACUAAUAUUAUAAAUGUGAAUUGAAGUUUGUUUGCUAGGCUAUCAAGCGAAAAAUACUUAACCGACCAUCAUGAAAUUUUGUACACAUAUGCUGUGUCUUGGAGGGAUUAGAAUAAAAAUAGGGCACUGUUUACUCGACUAGUAAAAGUAUAAUUUACGACAGUAUGUACCUAUUAUGCUUUACACUGAAAGACACCGCGAGCGGAGCCGCGGACCACCGCUAGUAAAUAAAUAAAGAAAUUACUGAUUUAGUUCAGUGAUUUAUUUGAUUUGUUAAUCUUCA